CGGGGGCCACCCCCGGCGGCGUCCCGGUGCCGGUGCCGGCCCCUUGGCAGUAGGCGGGGACGCGGUACCCCCGGUGGCGGAGUGAGCGGGAGCAGAGCUCGGGAGAGCGCCGGGUCCUUGCGCCCAGCCCCGCGGGGAUGGCGGCCUGCGGGCGGCUCGCAGCCUGAGCCUGGCGGCGCGGAGCGUUCGGCGGAGCUUCUGAUCUUCGGUUCAACUCGUGUGUCAUGGAUGAAACUGCGUUGUCCCUUGGAACGAUAGAUGUUUCUUAUGUGUCCACCUCAGCAGAGUGCAGCGUUGGUAGAUGUAAGCAUUCCAAUGAAGAAUGGGGAGAGUGUAACUCUAGGCCUCCUCUCUUCCGAUCUGCCACUUUAAAAUGGAAAGAAACUCUACUGAGCAGAAAAAGGCCAUUUGUGGGACGAUGUUGCUACGUAUGCACUCCCCAGAGCCGGGAUAACUUCUUCAAUGCUAGUAUUCCUUCUUUGGGUCUACGUAAUGUCAUAUAUAUCAAUGAAACACAUACCAGGUACAGAGGAUGGCUUGCAAGACGGCUUUGCUAUGUUCUUUUUGUGCAAGAGAGGGAUGUUCAUAAGGGUAUGUUUGCGAAGAAUCUGACAGAAAAUGUGCUGAAUAACAGCAGAGUGCAGAAGGCCAUUGUAGAUGAAGCUUCUGAACCAAGCGUUCCAGGUAGUUUUGCUCAGACGGAUCCUAAAGCUAUCAACAAAGUGAAGAAAAAAGCUAGGAAAAUUCUCCAGGAAAUGGUAGCAAAUGUGUCACCGGCUUUAAUCAGGUUGACUGGCUGGGUGUUACUGAAGUUGUUUAAUAGCUUUUUCUGGAAUAUUCAGAUCCACAGAGGUCAAAUAGAAAUGGUCAAAGCAGCAACAGAGAUGAAUUUGCCCCUUAUUUUCUUGCCUGUUCAUAAAUCUCACAUUGACUACCUGCUCCUUACAUUCAUACUUUUCUGCCAUAACAUCAAAGCACCCUAUAUUGCUGCAGGGAACAAUCUCAACAUCCCCAUCUUCAGCACAUUGAUCCGCAAGCUAGGAGGAUUUUUCAUUCGUCGAAAGUUAGAUCAGAGUCCGGAUGGUCGUAAGGACUUCCUCUACAGAGCUUUGCUCUAUGUGCACAUAGAGGAAUUGUUGAGACAGCAGCAGUUUUUAGAAAUAUUCUUGGAAGGCACAAGGUCUCGAAGUGGAAAGACAUCCAGUGCUAGAGCGGGUCUUUUAUCUGUGGUGGUGGAUGCUCUCUUCUCAAAUGCUACUCCUGAUGUCCUAAUUAUACCUGUGGGAAUCUCCUAUGAUCGCAUAAUUGAAGGUCACUAUAACAGUGAACAGCUGGGCAAGCCUAAGAAGAAUGAAAGCCUUUGGAGUAUAGCUAGAGGAGUCUUCAGAAUGCUACGGAAGAAUUAUGGGUGUGUCAGAGUAGAUUUUGCACAGCCGUUUUCCUUAAAAGAAUACGUCAACAGCCAAAGUCAAAAACCUGUGCCUGCUCCUCUUUCUCUGGAACAAGCUUUGUUACCAGCUAUACUUCCAUCAAGACCUAAUGAUACUGUGGAUGAAGGUAGAGAGGCUUCAUUGCCUAACACCAGGGAUAUAACCAGUGAGCCCUACAGAAGAGAGCUGAUAGCUAACUUGGCUGAGCACAUUUUAUUCACUGCUAACAAGUCCUGUGCGGUGAUGUCCACCCACAUUGUUGCCUGUUUGCUGCUGUACAGACAUAGACAGGGAACUGAUCUUUCCAGGUUGGUAGAAGAUUUCUUCUCCAUGAAGGAAGAGGUCUUAGCCCGUGACUUUGACUUGGGUUUUUCAGGGAACUCAGAUGAUGUUGUCAUGCAUGCCAUCCAUUUGUUGGGGAACUGUGUAAAUAUCACAAACACUAGUCGAAACAAUGAGUUCUUCAUCACUCCCAGCACAACGAUACCUGCUGUCUUUGAACUCAACUUCUACAGCAAUGGAGUUCUUCAUGUAUUCAUUAAAGAGGCAAUUAUUGCCUGCAGUCUUCGUGCAGUUCAGAGUAAGAGGUACAGAAAUGGUACCAAUGGUGCUUCCCCCAGUUUGAUUAGUCAAGAACACCUUGUCCGAAAAGCUGCCAGCUUGUGUUACUUGCUCUCUAAUGAAUUUACUAUAUCUUUGCCUUGUCAGGUGAUAUAUCAAGUCUGCCAUGAAUCAGUGGAACGGCUAAUACAAUAUGGUAUUCUUCUGGUUGCCGAGCAGGAUGAUCAGGAGGAUGUUAGUCCCACUCUUACAGAGCAGCAGUGGGAUAAAAAACUCCCUGAACCAUUAACUUGGAGAAGUGAUGAGGAAGAUGAAGACAGUGAUUUUGGAGAAGAGCAGAGAGAUUGCUACCUGAAGGUGAGUCAGUCUCAAGAGCACCAGCAAUACAUCACUUUCCUGCAGAGGUUACUGGGACCUUUACUGGAGGCAUAUAGCUCUGCUGUCAUCUUCGUGCACAAUUUUAGUGGUCCUGUUUCAGAGUCUGAAUACAUUCAAAAGUUACACAGGCACUUAAUAAGCAGGACAGAGAAGAAUGUUGCUGUGUAUGCUGAGAGCGCUACCUACAGUCAUGUGAAAAAUGCAGUGAAAGUCUUUAAGGAAAUUGGGGUUUUCAGUCAAACAAAACAAAGGAGAGACACUAUUUUGGAACUUAGCACUACGUUCCUACCUCAGCGCAACAGGCAAAAACUACUGGAAUUCAUCAUGAGCUUCAUGGUACUAUAGAACACAUACAGCACCUUUGUCCAGGGACAUGAAGACAGGUUUUGAGACUCUGUCAAAGCCUGACAACAUUUGCUAAUCCUUCAGACUUUAAGGUGCCACUGUCUGGGUAAGGCCUUCUCUGACUUGAACUACUGGAAGACAAGUGCCUUAUUAUGUAUGCAUUUAUUAGUUUCUUACAGUCCCAAUCCUGUUAUGAUACUUGGAUGACACUUCGGAUACGAGUUAAAUAUGUUGCAAAAAAUAAAAUAAGCAAUUAGGUUUAAAAUGGAGAGUGAAGUUUUAUCAGUGUUAUGUUUUAAAUAAAUGUACUUUUGAAGACUGUAACAGAUGCACAAAUACAAAUAUUUGUGAUCUAUAGCUAACCCUGAGAUCUUGAGUUUAGUGGCAACACAGCUUAUGGCAUAAACAACUAACUUCCAUUCCGAUCCAGUUUUAUUGUUUUAAAUAAAUGGUUUCUAAAAUUUUGCUUAGGCAGGUUAUAUACUUCAUGGAUAAAGCCAUAGAUUUGCAUAACUGCUAACAUAAAUGCCAAAAUUCUAAUGAGAGUAACAGUUACAAACAUCUGAGAAAAACGAUCAUGUAGCAGAUGAUUGUGAGAAGUGUUGUCAGCAGGCACAGCUUGCACUAUUAGAUCUGAAUAGUGCAGUGGUAAAUUGCACUAAUCACUGCUGUCUUGAAGAAUGUGAGAGUAGCUUUUUUGUUUUUAUUGUGGCAUCUGUCCUUCAGUUAGUUGAAAGUCAGGAGACAGUUGCCGAAGUGUGAAUAUCUUGUAAAAUCUUAGUUUACUAUUUGAGAAGAGCUAUUAAGAUUUUUUUUUUUUAAUUAAUAGGGUGUCAGAUUUUUUUUUUAAGUGGAGUAAAAGCUUGAUUUGGUGAAAUAAUUUUUAAUUUUGACCCUAAAAUUUCAGCAAUAACUUUUGCAAUUAUUAGGAAAACAGUGGUUCAUAUUGUAUUCUGUUGCUGAACAGAUUUAAAUUAGCACAAAGGAGUAGCCUCUAGAAACAUAGAAUGUCAUAAACAAUGUCCUUCGGGCUCUAAUUUAACUGGCUUGUAAGAAAAAAAAAACAAAAAACAAAAAACAACAAAUGAUGAAUAAUUCUGUCCAAUGAAACAGGACUCUAGUCUUGCAGUGUCAUUGUUUUGCACAGAGGACUUGCACUGUAGAUUUCAUCUUAUGUGAGAGGAGGUUAGAUUGCAAGCUGUGGUCCUGUGUUUUUAGUACAGCUGAUCUAGUUGAAGCAAUAACUUGGUGGUACAUGAAGCUGGUUUGCUUGUGAAAUGUCUUUUCCUCAUUUAGAUUGCCUUUGCUAUGAGGGAAAUCAACAUUUCCAUUACUGCAGUGUUUCACUUGAUUCUCACAUCAUGGCCUUGUGAGCAGAAAAUCCCCCCAAAUUCAUCACGUGAAUCUCUGUUGCUUAGCAUAAAUAUGGACAAACAUACUUGAAUCCCAGCAUUUGCACUGUUAUGCCAGCACAAAACUGAUGCACAUAAUUUGAGUUUGUGGCCAAGGAGCUUGCAUUCGUACUGCACAUUCGUCAACAAGAAUAUUUCUGUAAUUUUUUUUAUUAAAUGCUAUUAAUAUUUGAAACCUGUGGUUUAUAGUUUGUUAGCAUUAUACAAUUAGCACUGUGAGAUGCAUGUGUUUUGUCACUAAACCAGGUGCUCUACAACACUUAAAAGAAUUUCUGAACCAAAGCUACAUUAAUAUGGAUACAAACUGACCAGAGAACUGCAUCUGUUUUUGUACACUUCUGCUGUUUUGGCAGGGUAGUGACUAGCACAUGAUUUGUUUUGUGGAGUCCUCUAUCUCUUUAGGAAAGUUUCAUCUCAUUCUAGCUAACGUGCACUGUUGGUUAACCCAGUGAACGCUCAUACAACAGUUGUUGCUGAUGGCUUCCAUUUAAUGUCAAAAAAGACUAGGUGCUUCUGAAUAACAAGUCUCAGUUUACUACAUUUCAGUAAAUCUGAAGUGUACUAACAGUGAAGACUGUAUAUAAAAAGAUUUUUAUAAAUGAAGCAAUAUGAAGCAAACAAAACUUGAGUCAUUUUAUUAAGAUUGUUCUGCCAACAAUCUGUAUUAUUUACCGUAAAACCCAGGAGUACUAAGGUCACUGGAGUGUUCUGGCUAGGUGUCGCAUCUAAAGAUAACUUAUGGAUUACCUUUUAAAAAAUAAAAAAAUCUGAUUAAUGUAAGUCAAUGAGAGGGUAGGGUACUAUGCAUGUGAAUACACAUUAAUGAAUCCUUUUAGUAUGCAGAGGGAGGGUACGCCUCUAAGACUGUGUUUUGUAAGAAAAAACUGCAUGUGAGAAGUCAUGUACUAUGAAUCAUCUGCCAGUGGAAGCCUUUGCUUUCUGCAGCAAGUGUGUAUGUAUGCAAGCAUGUAUAUUAUGACACACAACUAUGCUUUUUUCCUGAAAAUAAAGCACAGAAUAAAAAUAAUCAGACUGUAACAGUCAAAAACUAUACCCAACACUUUUGCACUGUAUUUAUACCUUCAGUGUCUUCUGAUUUUAUUAAUCUCUCAUGUUUCCUUUGCUGAUACAACACCAGGUUGAGUUAACCUUGGUAAAGUUAACUAGUAAAGAAGAAAUUAUGGACUCUGAAUUACCACAAAUGUAUUUUAAGACUCUCCUCUUAUAAAGGCUUACACAAGUCCCAUCAUUCUUACAAACAUAUUACUCAGGUGUGCAAGUCUUUUGGGCCAGGGUCUUUCAUAAGAAGUGAAAUGUAAUGCUUUCAUAUGCAUCCUAUAGAUCUUGUAUUUUAGAGUGAUAGAAAAAUUCCAUUUGCCAUGCUGCCACAACUACCCAGUCCCCCGGGGAUCAUAAUUUUGUUAACGUUUACUCUAAUCACAGUGAUGUAUGAGGCAUACCUGCCUUCUCUUUGACAGCAUAGGGCUUUACUCACAUAUCUUCGAUUAGGAAGUGAAUACGCACACUUAUAUUUAACGGAACUGACCGCCUGCUCCACGAAGUAUUGGAAUCACAAAUUUAAAAGAAGGUUGAGCUGGAGGUGUUGUAAGAUACUGUUGCUAUUUUGUUUCUGUGCUUAGGAGACUGGUACUGCUUCCUUGUGAAUGUUACCGCAGUUUACUUGUUACGUGUAAUGGGUGUCUAUUGUAGAAGCACAGAGGUGUACUGGAUUCAUUUUAAUAAAUUAAACUGUUUGCUAAUAUGACAU